GGAUUUUGGACCAAUGCAAAAAUUGUCAUCAUAGGAUCAAAAGAACUAACACGAUUUCUCGAGGUAGAUUCAGUUAGGAGGGAAUCCUUUUAAUUUCGCUACGUUUCAGCGCAUCAGGUAAGCGAACUCUCCAUGUUUAGUCCGCCCUCCUUUGCUUUUCUUAAGGAACUGGAAAUGACAAUGCUCGAGUCUGUUGGUCAAAACAGCUGUGUUGGAGCUACAUAAGCAUAAAGCAUCAGCCUACAGACAUAAUAGCAGGAUAUUAGUAAACUUGCAAGCAUUCUGUUGAGCUGCUCAGACUCAUCUGCUGGUGUUAAAGCAGGAUAACGGGCUGUGGAAUGGCUUUGCUGACCUUGCACAGAACGCAGUCUAUUUGCACAACACCGGAUGAGCCUAUCCCAAGAAGAGGAAGACUUCAGAAAAGAGAAAGUUUCGCCCUGGUUAAGGGGGCAGUGCUCCUGGUGGAAGAGGGAGAGAGGGAGGGAUUACAUGAAGAAACCGUACCCUCUCUGCUAGGUCCUAGGCAAGGAGACCGAGCCUCUGACACUCAACGCAGACAUUUGCAUGCAAUGAUUUCGUUACUACGACCGGAGGACACAGUCAAAUUGGCUGUGCGUUUGGAGUCGGUGAGCCCAGUCAGAGUGAGGUAUUUGCUUAUAGUUGGCACACUAAUCAAAAAACAGGAGAGUCUACUUCUUGGCAUAGACUUCCCAGGCUUAAACAGUGAUGAGUGCACUAUUGGACUUGUCUUGCCAAUAUGGAGUGACACACAGGUUUACCUAGAUGGAGAUGGAGGUUUCAGUGUGACAUCUGCAGAAGUGACACGAAUCUUCAAGCCUGUGUCCAUUCAGACGAUGUGGUCAGUAUUGCAGGCGCUGCAUGGCUGCUGUGAACGGGCCGUACGUGGGGCUGUCAUACCUGGCUGCGGACUGGAGUGGGCACAGCAUUACAGAGAGAACGUGGAAUCCGACCAGCACUGCCUUAAUGAAUGGGCGGCCAUGACUGGCCUGGAGUCAGUCAGGAAGGACACUGGAGGGCGAUCGUCGUCGAAUCGGGAGUCAGUGGAGAGGGAGAUCAAAGCCCAGCUACGAGAUAUCAUGAGGACUGAGGACUUGGAAAACAUUACCUCUAAGCAGGUGCGAACAUCCCUGGAGUCCAAAAUAGGCAUAGACAUGAAAGACUACAAGGAGUAUAUUGACAAUGAGAUGAUGGUCACAAUGGCACAGAUGGACAAACCUUCCAGAAUCUUGGACUACCUUUACUUGGGUUCCGAAUGGAAUGCUGCCAACUUUGAAGAACUACAGAAGAACAAUGUGGGCUACAUCCUGAAUGUUACCAUGGAGAUUGACAACUUCUUUCCAGAAUCUUUCACCUAUAUGAAUAUCCGAGUUUACGAUGUGGAGGCGACCGACCUACUCUCACACUGGAACAACACAUACAUGUUCAUCAGUGAAGCAAGGAAGAGUGGACAGGCCAUACUGGUCCAUUGUAAGAUGGGCGUCUCUCGCUCUGCCUCCACAGUAAUUGCUUACCUGAUGAAGCAGCAGGGCUGGACAUUAGACCAAGCCCUCAACCACAUGAGAGAAAGACGGCCUAUAGUGCAGCCCAAUGAAGGUUUCCUCAAACAGCUGCAUACAUACAGCGGUAUCCUCAAUGCCAGGUGA